AUGUGGCUGCGCCGAGAGGACGGGCUAAAGGACAAGUUCAAGCGACAGUUCGUCGAGCGGAUGGCAGCGGCGUUCCCUACAGGAGAUUACAGCAACUGGGAACAGUGCCGGCAGCUUUUUGCGCAUGUCAAAGCAGCUGCAGAUCACGGGCCGGUCGAGGAAACAGAGGAAUGGGCAAACCCGAUGUACAAUGGAGGAUGGUAUGCGUUGUCACAAGGCCAAUAUGAGGUGGCAGAGCGGAUGGUGAGCAAGGCCCAGAGGAGCUAUGAGAAGAGGCUAGGAAGAGACGACAAGCGGACUUUGGCUAGCACAUCAAUGCUAGCUGAGGUGUAUUUGGGAAAAGGGUUAUGGGAGAAAGCGGAGUCGCUAGGGGUGCAAGUGAUGGAAACAAGCAAGGCCAAGUUUGGGGUCGACCAUCCUUCCACGCUGACGAGCAUGGCAAACCUCGCGUCGACAUACAGCAACCAAGGCCGCAAACCUCGCAUCGACAUAUAUGAACCAAGGCCGGUGGGAGGAGGCUGA